CUCCUCGACCGUCUUCCUCUGCAGCUCUGAACUAUCGAGCGACACUUUGAGAGGAACCAUAGAACUACCCGAAGAAAUGGAUUUAACUACUAUUUGCCACUUGAAAUGGAGCUCUGUAACUCCAUUAUCACAACCAAUUGGUCUGAAUAGUGGUGGCUUCUGCAAGCUUUCACCCCAAUCCCAUAAACUCUCGUCCUCAUUUUGGUUCGACCCAUUUCGUUAUUUGCCAUAUAAGUCCUGUACUGUCAGCGCCAGGAAGAGAAACUCACAGCCUGAACCAGUUCUGAAGCCAAGCAUUGUGGAAGAAGUGUUUAUGGAAGAUGAUGAAGAUGAUCAACAACUUCCUCUUGAUGAAUUUGAUGAUGAUAACCUGGUUAAUGGUGAUGGCGAUUUUGAGGAUGAGUACUUUACAGAAGAUGCUGACCUUUAUGUUGGAGAUGGAGGUGGAGGAGGUGGAAUCUCUCUUGCUGGGACAGGGUGGGAUAAAGUAGCAUUAGCAAUUGCCGAAGAAGUUGCAUUAUCAUUUGAUGGAGAUUUGGGAAUUUAUGCAUUCAAGACAUUAUUAAAUUCCACCAUUCAAAUCCGCAUAGAGAAACUGUCAAAUACGUCCGGUUCUCCCAGUAUGACAGAUGUUGAAGCUUUCUCUUCAAGCUACAGAGCACGGCUAGAUGAAGCUGUGGUUGUUGGAUCUAUCCCUGAGGACAUAUGUCUGGAGGUAUCUUCACCCGGGGUUGAAAGGGUUGUUCGUAUUCCACAAGAUCUUGACCGGUUCAAGGAUCGGCCUAUGUACGUGAAGUAUGUGAGUGAAGUAGCCGAGACUGGUGUAUCAUCUGAACAUGAUGGUGUUUUCAGACUUGUGUCUUUUGAUAUGGAAACAAAUGGUUGCACUUGGGGCUUAGCAGAUGUUAGGGCAAAUAGAGAAAAAGCUGGGAAAGGAAGGCCACUUAGCAAAAAGCAACGAGAGUGGCGGCUGAACACAUCAUUUGAUUCCUUACGUUUAGUACGGUUGUAUUCUGAAAUUUGAAUGUUUGUACUCCAACCUGCCCAUCUUCACACAAAGAAAAUUACACCAGUCAUCAAUUUUGCAUUGUAGAUGAUAGUUAUUUCAACACAACAGAUAAGAACAUCCUCCAUUUCUUUAUCUGCCAUUCUUGUGUCUUUAGAAUUGUGACAAUGAAAAUUCUAUUGUAUAGUAUAUUUUAUGAAGAUUUGCGUAUUAAAUCAAUGAAAUUAAUAUCCACGCAAUUAAUAGGAG